UUGACUGGUUGGGGGUGAGGGAGAGGAGGAAGAUAUUAAAAAAAACAGAAAAACACAAUUUUGCAGAAAACCUUACUUCCUGUACCCCGCAAGUCCCAUCUGCUGUUUUCGGAUCCAAGCCUGUCUGAAAGAGAUUCAAUCAAGAUGAAAAUAAUUGGUGUUGCCGUGUUUGGAGCUGUGUUCUGCACUGUUCUGACUGCAUCCCUGAAAGUCAAAGAAGAACACAAGAUUGCUUUUUUCGGUGAAGAUGUGCACAUCCCUCUCCCAUCCCUAGUCAGCACUGAUGUUCUGUUCAAGCCCACCUCCAACCCCACCGCCGAGGUGGUCCUGAUGAGGGACGGGCGGGUGGUGAGCCACCGGGCCCAGCUCAACUCCCUCAAGCACCUCAUCCUGGAGGAUGUGGGGGAGGAGGACGAAGGCAUGUACGUGAUCAAGAACACAGAGGUGCCUGCCGAUGUCAAACACAUCAUCCUCCUCGUCAGGGAUUGUGCGCUGGAGCAGGUGGUCAAGUAUGGUGAAACAUACCACAUCCCACUCAGCGACAUCUUGGGCCCUAUCACCCUGGAGUUCAGGUCCAGUCAAGCCCAGGUCAAUCAGACCACCGAGCCACCGGCGGUGGUGCUGCUCAACCAGACUUCCAUCCCCGCGGAGGAGUACAAGGGUCGUCUGAGUGUGUCAGAGAAAAGGGUGACUCUAAGCAUGGUGCGGGGGACAGACGAGGGAAGCUUCACCGUACUGGACCGCGACGGGAAAGUCAGGAGGAGGUCAUGCCUGAAUGUGAAAGAGCAUCAGAACUUUGUCCACCUAUCAUAUGGCAGUACUUUGAAGAUCAACCUGUUUGUGGACCACACCAAAGUCAACCUCAUGUACACUCCAGACUGGGACCGGAAGGAACGGGUCAUACUAGAGCAUGGAGAGCUAGUGGUGCCGGUGGACCCAUCACUGGAUGGCAGGCUGACUGUAGAAGGCUCCAUGUGCAUUCUGGAGAGGGUCCGGGUCAGUGACAUGGGGCUCUUCAGAGUGACAGACCUGUUGGGGUUUCCUGUGACCAACAUCUACCUGGAGGUGGAAGCCUAUAAAUUACCCACGCUGUAUGUUGCAAUCCUCUCCUUACUGGGCCUCCUGGUCCUCCUCUUGCUGGUGUGUCUGCUCUCCUGCCUGAUCAAUGUGCGCCGUCGGGCGGAGAAGGCGAGGCAAAUUGCCCUCAUCGCCCAGCAGGCAGACAAGGGGGAUGGAGACGCAUUCGUCAAGGUUGUUCAAGAGGCCUAUACACGGUUCGCUGAGGAAUCCACUUUGGCGUCUACGUGGGACAACAGCAAUGCUACAGAAAGCACGGAGGUCACCAUUAAGGGUCUGGAGGUAUCCAAAGCAGGUCGCUACCACACUUUCUCCUCGGACAAGAACUUCCUGGAGAUGAGCGACUCGGGGGUAGAGUUCAACUCCUCCGCCCUCCCGUUGGACAGCGAAUGUGAGACGGACGUACCCCAGACCUUCACCUCCCACAAGCUGCUCCUCGACAACUCCGACAGCGUGGCCGCCACCAUCAUCCCCGAGGGAGACCAGAGCGCAAACCGGACCCCCGACUCGGCCAUGAGCCCCAGCCCCGUGACCCAGGCCCAGUCUGAGGCCGACGCCCCUGAAGAAGACCUGAUGGGUGUCACCACGCCAAAAAUGGCAUCCAGGGGCGCCGAGCUGGCUAUCAGCCCGUCAGUUCCCAAUGCUACUGCAGAGAGCACCACCGCCUGAGAGCUCCUGCAUUGUAUUCUUAAAGCGCAGACACAAACCACCAGACACCCUGACAAUCUUUACUCUUCAGCCUCAAUUACUCCCCCCCUCACGCAGACAUAACCCAAAUCCUGAUCACUGCUUUUUUAAAUGUAAACUACACAAAAAUGCUUGGUGUAAAAAUUGCCAGUCUAAAUGCACUAGACUUAAUCCCUAAAGAAACAAUACAAGACCCUAGCUCAUUAGAACACAUGAAUUCUGUGCAUACAGGAAAUGCAUGUGUAACGGAGUGAAGAACAUAUCGGAAGCUCACUCCACAGCUAGCUUGAAAUGUCUUGGAUAAUAAUAAUAAUAAUAAUAAGGGCCAUCCAAUUGAUACCUUUUGGGUGGCUCAACACGUUGGAACGUUCUCAAGGAGGGCGGUCACGUGUGUUGCGAAGCAGAGGAUCACUGGUUUGAGCCCAGUAUGGGGCAGUCGAACAGUGGAGGAAGCUAAGCUGUUAGCAGCAGACUGAUCCCCAUUACACAUGCAUUUAAAUUAGACUUAAAAGCCAGGAUUUCUCCUUAGCUGGCCCAAGAGGCAAUUGAUAGUAUUAAUGACUGUAUAGUCCAUGCAUGCCUCUCUUGGCCUAAGAACCACAGACUCAGAGAUAAUAUCUAAGAUAACUUGGUGGACUAAGGGAAAAUGCAUUAUGAUGUUUGUUGAAAAUAGAUUAAGAUUACAAUGCCCAAAAGGAAUGAGCGCACACUGAUUUCUGAGUACAUCUUUUUAUAAUCCUGUAAAAAUGAAUCCCAGAAUUCUUCUAAUGACAAAAAUGUAAACAUUUUUGACAGAGCUACAAUAUAUUUGAUCUAUCUUUCUUAUUAGCAUUGAAUGUUCUUACCACCAAAGCUGUAUGUGGGGACAUAGACAUAGCCGCAAAAAGUAUGACAUGGUAAUAGACCAAAUUAAUUCUACAAAUAACAUUGUAAUACUAGACUAACAAAACCAAUAAAGACAACUUUAUUUUCGGAGAAAUGCUUCUGACAAACAUAAGCCCAGAGUAUCUGACAUGGGCCUACACCGCUACAAUUUCAUUACAUCCAGAGAGACUCUAUUAACAGAAAGUACAGGCAUGGCAGAAGGCUUUGGCACCAACUCAGUGAAAGCGCUUGUCUCAGCAUAUAGCCUCUAUAGAAUACCAGAGUUGGAGAGCUAAAACCCCCAAGAUCUUCUUACAUAGUUCUUGCUAACUGACACAAGCUAGUAGAUUGAAUAACACCAUGCUUUGCAAGAAAGCUAGUAGUGUCCCUGGGCAUGUAACAAGGUGUCCAAUCUCUGCCACUUUUGAUGACAUCAUCCAGCAAAGUAAAUGUUUACUACAUCCCUCAUCUUGCAACACAAAUGACCUGGAACUAAUACAAUGGCAACUUCACAUCAGGCCAUUCUAAACCCUCCACAUUAGGGCACGUUUAUCAUUACAACCCCAGUCACUGCAGGAACAAGCCUUGGAACAGGGACUUCUAGAACUUCUCUGACGGAUGGGACAUGACAAUGAUCCCUUUCGAAGUGACCUGAAUGUUUGGAUCGCUGCCCUUUAAUAAAGGCAGACUCAAGAGUGAUUGUGAAAGAAUAUGAUAAGGCAGCCCUAUUGAGAAUGAAUUACCUGCAUGAUGUCACCCUUCCUUUUUUCAUUACUAUUUUGCCUGACUCCACGGCCCUGUUAGCCAAAAUGAACUCAGUGCUGAAUUGAUAAAUGCUAACAAUUAAGCCAACUUUCCUGACAGACUAAAAACACUGCUUAUUGAGACUGGAGCCCCAACAAAGCCAGCAAGUUAUUAAGAUUCAAUGCACUUGCUGCUGCAUUCAUCACUGUCUUUAUGGGAGAAGGUUUACACAUUUCCUUUUAA